CCGAUCCGAAGUACAUCGAUUGUUUUCUUGUUUCCCAAGAAAAUGUAUAUUUGCUGUCAAUUCAGAAAUAACUUAAAAAAUUCCUAUACAAAAUAUACAUACCCAAAGUUGUUUUAUAUAAAAAUUUAGAAAUAAAAAAACACUGCUUUCGUAGUUUUUUUCAUGAUCGUGGAAGACCUCAGUAAUUUGAAAGUAUGCCGGUAAAAUACGCCUGCCUCGGCUGCCAGGGCCCGAUGGCCGGUCCCUGCGGCCCUCUUGCUUCUCGAGUGGCCCAAUGCGGCGUGGGACCCUGCUGUGUCCACGCGAUAGGCGCUAACUGCAAGGGGCCCUGUGGAGAGAUAGGCGUCAUACAUGGGGCUCGCGGGGGCAUCGCCGGGUCGUACUUCAGCUGCGGUAACGGGUGCAUCGGCGGCUGUACCGGCGGCCUGUGCGGGAGCUGCUGCGGCCCUGCGUGUGGCUGAACUACAGAACACUGAAUUGUGAAUAUCAUAGACGUUCUGGAGGUCAAUAAAUUGUCUACUACC